AUGGCACUCUCGUCUGAGCAGCGUCAAGCUCUCCUUGAUGGUCCAGCUGCCUCUCCGCCUUCAGGAGUCGUUCCCAAUCUUGCUGAUCCCCCAAAUCUGCAAGCCGUCGGGCGGGCUCUGAUCCUCGUCUUCUGGAGUCUGGCUUUGAUCACUUUUGCUAUCCGCAUCUACACGAAGGCUUUUAUUAUUAGAUCCUUUAGAGUAUCUGACUACGCCAUGGUUGUAGCUUGGACACUAUCUAUCGGCUACUUCCCAAUCGCAUGGAAAGUUGGGAAUAUUGCCCCAGGUAUAGACCAAUGGAACCUGCAGGUGAAGGACUUGAUCGAAUUGUUACAUUGGUUCCAUACCGGCCUCAUUAUGUAUUCGAUCAUGAUCUGCUUUAUCAAGAUCUCAAUCCUCCGUCAAUUCCUCGAGAUAUUCAGCCUAGAACGAGACUAUUUCUUCUGGACUUGCCACUUUCUUAUCUGCAUUAAUAUUCUCUAUUAUACCAUCUUCACAUUUACGACCGUCUUCGCGUGCAAUCCUAUCUCGAAAUACUGGGACGUUCUAAGAACAGAUGGCAAAUGCCUCCAUACAGAGCUACAGAUGUUUGUGGCUGGAAUUAUCAAUACCAUAUCGGAUUUGACAAUCUUGGUUCUCCCUCAUCUGAAGGUCUGGAGGCUCCAGAUGUCGCCGCGAAAGAAGCGUGCUGUUUCUGUGGCAUUUCUGUUUGGCUUAAUCGCCUGCGUCGGAUCAUCACUCAAGAUCUACUACGCAGUAAGACUCCUUCAUACCGAGAACAACAAAUCCUACCAGAUCUACCUCCUUGGCGUCUGCACACUUCCCGAAAUUGGAGGCGGUAUAAUUGCUGGCUGUCUGCCGUCGUCGCCCAAAUUCUUCAGACACAUACUGCAAACGCCUCUUUUCUCGAGUUACAAAGCCUAUUUCAGCAAACUUAUCUCGGCGUCCUCUCGGUGGUCUUCGUCAUCAACCGUCGCUCGAUCGCCCGGAAAUUCCGCUACCGUGGAUCUCAAAGCUACGAAGAGUCAAUUCGAUGACCAUUAUCCACUGACUUCGGUUGUGAGUUGCCCAGGCAGUGAAACUGUCGGUAUCUCUAUUGCGACGAGACACUCGACGCAAGAGUGUACAAUAGUGUCCAGUCACGGUAAAGGAAACUGA